AUGUCCUCGCAGAAACUACGGGUUGGAAUUGCAGGCCUUGGCCGAAUGGGCAAGUGCAAGCGCCAUGCGACGAACUUUCAUGAGCUCACUAUCCGCGCAAAUGUGGUGGCCGCGAGCACCCCCGACGAGGCCGAGCGCAUUUGGGGAGCAGAGAACCUUCCAGGAGUGCAGAUUUAUAGCGACUACGAUGAAAUGCUCGAGAAGGCCGACUUGGAAGCCGUGGUAGUUGCCAGUGUCACUGCUGUACAUGCGGAGCAAGCUCUCAAGGCAAUUAAGAAGGGAUACCAUGUUCUCUGUGAGAAGCCUUUAAGCAUUGACGUUGAAGUGGCUCAAUCCGUUGUGACUGCCUACGAGAACUCCCUCCAAAAGCACCCUAGCCAAAAGGUGAUGUGCGGUUUCUCCCGUCGUUUCGACGCAUCCUACCGCGAGGCCCACACCAGGAUCGAGAAUGGAGAAUUUGGCUCGCCUAUAGUGUUCCGGUCGCAGACCGCAGAUCUACACGACUCAUCAGGAUUCUUCGUCGAGUACGCUAAGACAAGCGGCGGCAUCUUCGUUGACUGCUCCAUUCACGACAUUGAUCUUAUGCUCUGGUUCCUCGGUGAGAACCGCAAACUUAAGAGUCUACAAGCGGUGGGUGUAGCCGCGGUUCAUCCAGGGCUAGAAGCAAGCCACGACCGGGAUAAUGCGAUCGCGACUGUUGAGUUUGAGGGCGGUAAGGUUGCUGCUUUGUAUUGCUCGCGCAUGAUGGCGGCUGGGCAGGAAGAUACCACGGAGGUCAUUUGCGAAAGAGGCUCAGUAAGGGUCAAUAUGCAGGUGAGAAAGAACCAUGUUGAAGUUCACGAUUCACGGGGUGCCAUACGUGAGCUCCCGCAACAUUAUUACGAGCGCUUUAGGGAGGCUUUUAUCACCGAGGCUUCCGAGUUCACCGCGUGCUGCCUGGAUAACACACUACCGCCGAUCAGUCUGCAGAGCUCAGUCCAAGCAGUUGCUAUUGGACAGGCUUUGCAGCGAAGCUUGAUCAGUGGUGAAAAGCUCUUCUUUGACGGGAAGGAGAUUAAAAACAGGCAUUAG